UGUAAAACCAAGAUAAUAGAAAACUUACCUUAGGGUAAAUAUCCAUUGUAUUACUAAAACAUUAUUUAUAUUGAUAUUCCAUGCCUGAAUUGGUGUUUGAUUUUAAGUAGAAGUUAACCUUGUCCAGGUUUAUGAGUUAGAGUGAUGAGCCGUAGGUAUAGACCUUGUUCUAGUCUGAGUUAGUUCGCCUAGCGUGUGGUGUGCUUCUCUACUAAAACACUAGCCUGUUUUGCCAGCUCGAGAGUAGUAGAUCUGUCUGUACAUACAUACUAGUGUAGAUGUGACAUCAGCUAGCUGUAUAUACCUCUACUCCAGUUCAUAUGCCAAUUAUCCUAUUACAUUGGUGUGUCGUUGUCCACCAUGCCAGAACUAACCCUACUAUAUAGUGGUCAUUUCAGGACACUUGACCGUCACUGAUCACCUUAUUGUGUAGUUAUCUGAACAUAAGUUUUUUCUUGGCCGAGUUGUCGCUGGUGGCAUCGGAGGGAUCAAUUAGCCAUUGAUUGCUCUUAUACACACUGUAUAGGUAUAAGCCUUUUAAAAAACUAUUGGAGACUACCAAAAAGGUUGGUUGACUCGAGAGGAGCGACAUGCCCUGUGGUGUGUAGAUGUAAGGGAAUCGAAAGUCAGUUUUUUCCACAAAGUGAAGUUAUCUUGUGGUUUUUUUGGGGGAGUGAAGUUUAUCUUGUUUUUGCCCCACAGUACCACAACUUGUGAGAGUCUACAAUGUAUAAUGAUACGUUCAACAGCUGGACCGGGACCCCGACCCCUCGCUGGAUAGGCCCUGAUUGCUAUGCCAGCAUCAAUAUGAAUGAGAGGCACCAGAGAGAAGACUUCAGCAGCCUUUGGGCGUCUGUACAGGGCUCUCCUGCUGCCGAAAUGGCCGGACAAAAUGCAACGAAUGAUUUAUUCAAGUGGAAGCAUGCUAGUCCCCACAUGCCAGCCAACUUCAGCAACAUCAAUCCCGAGAACAUGAAUAAUCAUGAGCCUGGUGGGUAUCGCCAUGGUAGCACAGGAAGCACAGGCAGUUACAGAAGCAGCACAGGCAGUGUCAGUAACCCGUCGACGCCCACCAACACACCCCUGGUCAUCCCUCAACCGGUCAAACCACCCAUCAAGUCUGGCAAAACAUACCCUUGUAAGAUGUGUGAUCAGGUGUUCACGACGAAGUCGGAUAUGUUAAUUCACUCACAGCAAAUCCACAAACAGGACCCAAAGCCCUAUCACUGCCCUGUUUGCCAGAAAUGCUUUGCCAAUUCCUCCUAUCUGUCGCAACAUAACAGAAUCCACGCGGGAAUUCGUCCGUACAAGUGUGAGAUCUGCGAACGCAAAUUCACACAGUUGUCCCAUCUGCAGCAGCAUAUACGUACACACACCGGUGAAAAACCGUACAAGUGUAUGCACCCUGGGUGUGGCAAAGCCUUCUCACAACUCUCCAAUCUCCAGUCGCAUUCACGCUCACAUAUGACUGACAAACCUUUCCGGUGUAACUCUUGUUACAAGUGCUAUGCCGACGAACAAGGUCUUCGUGAUCACAUACCCAAGCAUUCGGAGACUAAACACUUGAAGACACACAUUUGUAGGAUCUGUGGUAAGUCGUACACGCAGGAGACGUACCUGACCCGACACAUGGCGAAACACUCGCAGGACAAUAUGAAUAUGAACAAGCUAGUUCCACCGCGACCAAUCAAGCAGGAACCAAAUGAUCAUUCCAACGGACAGGAUUUCAGCGUGAACAGGCUUCCGGACCGAUCUCAAGAUGGUGGUGUAACUCCAUGUGGGAAGGGAUCGUCAGCAUUCAUGCCUAUUCCACAGUUUGGGGGCAAUGUGCCCAUGAGUACAACAAACUCUAACUACCAUUAUGGGUCUGGGUUGCCUAGCAACUCUCUGAGCCCUUCCCUACCACAUAUUUCCUCUAUGGCCUCCCGUAGCUACUUUCCUUAUGACCCUCUGGGCGGUUUCCGCAAAGCGGACGCUCAGGAGCGAAAUAUCAAUGCAACGAUGACCCGCCACGACAGCAUGCUGGCCAACAGCCUAUUGAGUCUGCAGCAUAUAAAAAACUACGCAUCGCAACAAAUGCCGUCGUUCAGCCCUACAUGUUCAGGGGGUGGAGCCAGACUCACUUGAGAGUGAUAGUGUAGCAUAGGUCAAAGUUCAACUGAAUGAUAUUAUCAUUUGUUGUUAAUCUAUAGGGUUUAUAAUGGUCAUGUUCAAUAAAAUGAUAUUAUCAUUGAAUUUGUUACUUAAUUAAGAGUUCAUUUAUAGGUCAAAGUUCAAUUGAAUGAUAUUAUCAUUGAUUUGUUACAUAAUUAUACUGAGGUCGACAUUAAUAGAAAGUUCAAUGGAAUGAUAUUAUCAUUGAAUUCGUUAAUUUAAAUGUGAUGUUCAACACACAAACAAGAGAAGUGUAAAAGAAAUACUUUGAUAACUUCUAUAAUUUUGAACCAUGUAAUGGGUCAUUUUGUGUUGUUUUUUUUCCUGUUAUUUUUAUUGUCAAUGUCUGUCCACUGUUGUGGCCAGGUAAUUCUGUGGAAGAGGAACAUGGAUUUUUACAAUGGCUGACCUGCUAUAUGGACCCUAGUCUUGAUAGUUUCUCGUAGUGUGUAGGAGACAUUCACAGAUUCGUUCCUUUGUCCUCAAAGGAGAUGUUAUUGGGUUGUGUGGUGAUUUUUUUUUUUUAUAGAACUGUAGGGCAAAGAUUAUAUUCUAUACGUAAAUGUACACAUGAAACUGGAUGUCACAUAUAAUGUACAAGUCUAGUGUGUACUGUAUUAUGUAGUAUAUAUAUAUAUAUUGAUAUAUGUAUUUGUUAUGAAAUAUGCUCAAUAAUGAAUUGUUUUUGUACAAAUUGAUAUAAAUUUUGAUCAGAUAGUUCAUGCAUUAUAUACUUUCAUUCUUACAUACAACAAAUUUUGUGUGGAAUAUGUUGUCAUCGGUUUUUUUUCUUCAGAUAUCUGAUAAUUAUCAGCUAAUGAAUCAAAGAUUUAAUAUUUGAAAAAAAAAACAAUCAUUUAUAAUGCCUUAAAGUGACUGUUAAAAAAUGGCAUCACUGAGGUGUUUUUUAACAACAUUCCUUGAAAGGCUACAGGCAAUUCAACUGGGAUGCUGAUUAAAGGGAAAUAACUCCACAAACACAGAAUAUGCAAUGCUUAAUUAAAUGAAAAACAAUGCUCAAACCAUCAUGUUAGCUAAGUUUUAUUUACUAAAAUGAUAUAUAUUCCAUAUUCUGACAAAAGUUACUUUUUUUCCAAGUUUAGAUUUUAAAUAAUAAUGUCAUACACCAAGCCAUUUACUAUAAAAAUGAAUUAAUAAAAGUAAAGAUUGAAGAUUUUGUUUUCUAUAAUGAGAUGUUACUGUAACCUCAUCAGUAAUUAAUAAAAGCACUGUUGGUAUUUUUUGCAAUGAACUAUCAAAUUUUUUUUCUUUGAUUAGAAAAAUGUAGUAACAGGUAAAAAAGGUCAUUCAUUAAAUUUCAUUCAAUUGUUUUGAUUUUAUGAAAGCUCAAAGAGUGAAUUUUGCACAAAUUUUUGAGAUGUUGAAUGAUCACAUUUAUUGAUGAUAUUGAAUAAUUUUUAUCCUAUUAUCAUCAUCAAUAGUAUCUUUUAAAUAGAUUUAUUUGUUUCUGAUCUUUUUAUUUGGAAAAUUGAAAAGAGCAUUUAUAAUUAUCAUUGUGUAAAGUUGAUUUUUUUUAAAUGAAUGUGUAUUGUUAGUUUUAAAAUUGGGACAAGGUUAAUUAGCGUAGCUGUUACAGUGUCGAGUUCAGUAGGCCUGGUUGCACAGUUUUUUUUUUAUUUAAAAACCGCACAAUUUACCAAUCAAUGGUAGUGGUUCAAAUGUAUUGUCCUUAUGUUAACUCCUGAAUCACAAUGUCCAAUUCAUUAACUCCCUUGCUCAGAAGAAUUUAAUGUUAAUGUUCAAACGUUAUUAUCACCGUAAUUGUCGGUUAAUAACGAUGUUGUGUUAUAAUAUUAUCCUGAUGUACCAUGCCAUUGUCCAUUAAUUAACUUUUUUUUUCAUUACAAAUGUUAUAAAUAUCAUCUUCAUUACUUUAAGCUCCAUCCAGUAUCUUUGUGGAUGUCGUAAAAUUACUGACAUCAUUUUGUUUAUUUAUUUCUUCUUUUUUUUAAUCAGUUUAAAUUUUAAGACAUGAGAUAGACUGAAACACUUUGUUUAAGACUAAAGAUAUUUUGAUAUAAUGAAAAUCAUAAAAAAAAUUUUUUUUUAAGUUGCAGUAAUAUAUUGUAUUAAACAUUCAAGUGUCUUUAUUUUACAAAUUACUAUAAAAACACUGUUUGUUAGCAGAGAUGGAGUAUUGAAUCCACUGACCUUUGAACCUAUUUUACAAAUGAGCUGGUCAUUUCAUAAUAGCUUUCUAUGCAGAAUAAGUAAGAAAGCUCAUUUUCAUUUUAAUUUGCCUUUCCAAGCUGUACAAAACAAGGAUACUGGAUGGUUUUCUUUCUACUCAUGACUGAAUCGGUUAUAAGACUAGCCUGACUCAUCUAUAUAACUUGUAUAUAUAAAACACUUUGAUGUUAUAAUGAAUAUAAUUCAUCUGUAUUGAGAUUUCCAUAUUUAGAAUGUGAUUAACAUGAUAUAUAUACAUAUAUAUAUAUAUAUAUAUAGGCAGACGAAUAGCAAGUUUUUGGUUUGAGAAAUCUUGCAUAAAUAUCUUUGUACCAAAGGUGCUAAAACUUAGUCUUGGGAAAACAUAUCAUGUUGUAGGAUUUUUUUUUUAUAUAGAGUCACUUCCCCUUGUUGCCUGGCUACCAGAAUGAGAACGAAAAAACAAUAUACCAUCAAUAUAAAUGGUAUGUAUAUGAGUUUCUGUGCAAAGCAUUAGAAAGUGUUAUACAAGGUUUAUUGUCAUAAAGUUAACAAUUUGAUACAAUGUAAUUUAGAGUAUUGUCAUCGUCCAUCCGUCCGUCUGUCCGGCAAAAACUUUUGUUUGUCUGAAGAUCUCCUACAUUUAUCGACCGAUUUUGAUGUUUGAUUUUUGUCCUGGGAUCCUACAUUUUUUACUGAUUUCUUUGAAAUUCGAUGAGAUUUGUGAUCUAUAAUCAUGGUGUCAUUAAGUUGUUUUAAUGAGUUGGAGGCUGUUAGUAAUUCCCGAUCACUGGUAUUCCUCAAACUUUAGAAAAUGAAAAAAAAACAUUAACUUUUUGUGAAAGUGUUGAGAGUUAAAGCAUACCACAUAACCUCUGACAACGUGAUCCAAAUCUUAUUUUGAUAUAAGAUAGUAUACAAUACUAUACUUCGACGGGCGUAUAUAUUGUUCUACCACGCAAUAUGUUGAAUAUGUACUUCAUGAAAUGAAAUUAAUGAGAAAGAUUAAUUACUCAGAGAAAAAAAAGAAUAAAAGCUUAUUUACAGGAGUGAUAUUAAUGCAUAAUUGCAAAGAAUUGUUUGAGACAAAAUUGAUGGAAAUUUCAACAUUGGAUUUCAAUAGGUCCCAGGCAACAAGGCAAAACUCCAUUGUAGUUUAGACGUGUCCCUCUAAUCAACCACCAACCAGAUAUCCAAUCAGAUCUAUUGAAACAUAAUGUAACACAUUAGAAAAAAUGUGUACAAGAUUUCAUGGUUAAAUUUCAUUGUAUGCAUUUUUUUUUUUUAAAGUAUGCUUGGUUUCCAUAGGGUUUUAUUAAAUUGUAUUUUCUUUGCAAAACUGUUUUGUUUUGAUGUUGAAAGUUCUUAGUUACUGAAAAUUUACAUCAUUUCUUUUCUCAUUCAAUGAAUUUUUAUUUUCUAGGAAAAUUCUUCAAUUUUCUUUCCCUGGAGUUGUUUUUCUCGGAAAAAAUCAAUGUUGUUUUUUACAGUGAAAUAUUUACAACAAUAAUCUUGUUGCAUCAUUAUAUUCCAGAUAUAUUUGAGUUAAUUUUCCAUAAAAAAAAAAAGAAAUUAUUAUUUUUCUUUUUUUUAAGAAGUUAUUUUCAUAAUGAGAUCACAUUUUUUUUUACUCAAAAAAAACAUUUUUGAACUAUAUAUCAUUUCUAAUUCUUAAACAUGCUUUUCCUGAUAGCUCUUUCUUGGAGAUUUUUUUAUCAAUAAAUUUCAUGGCUGUUUUUGUUUGUUGGUUGAUGGUUGAAUCUGAUUGGUGACUUACAGUGUUUUUAAUCCUGUCCUUUAGUGAGUAUGUGUGAUUGUACGAAUUAUUACUGUAUUCACUUACUAUUCGCAAAUGAUUAUUUUCACAAUUUUUAAUUUGAAAAACAUAUUUCCUAGGACUUCAGAUUCACAAAAACAACAAGGACUGUGAUAUGAUCCAUUGUUUUAUCAAAUGUGAAUAAAUAUUCUCCAUUUAGACUUUAUCUCAUCUCUAAUCUCAAUAAUAAUGUGAAAAUAAAUAUUUUGCGAAUUUUAAUUGAUCAACAGUAAUUAAUGAACAUUAAUUGUAAUAUUAUUAUAUAUCUAUGUCAGUUGUAUGUAAUAUUAAAGACUUGCUCACACCCCUGUUAAGACAUACAGUGUAUAAAUCUGUAUGUUGAUUCUAUGUAUGACUAACACUGUACAUAAACAGAUAACUAUAUAUUAUAUAUAAACUGUACUUUUGUUAAACAAAAGGAUUCCGGCUAUGUGUGCUCAAUGGCGACUUUAACCAAUCACAUGUCAUUUCACAUUUCAUUUUCUCUGUAUUUCUAUAUAUUUCUCGUUAUAAGCAUUUUCAAAAUCAUAAAACAUGAUUAAUUAAUACUUUUAUCACUAUGACUACAGGGAAUUGCAUGGUUUAUGAAAAAAAGUAGAUUUUAAAUUAUUUUUUAAAAUGAUUUGAUUUAAACAUAAAUUAAUCACAUGGCCUUCCAUGUGUCCAUGAUCUUAAACUUAUAUUUGGUUUGGAUUGAAUAACAAAUUUGUUUUGAAUACAUUGCAAAUAUUUCAUAUUAUUAAGUGUUCAUUUUAAUAAAAAGAAUUUUGAUCAUAAAUAAUCAACCCAUUCAAUACAAACUGAGUCCACUCGAUGUUAUUUUAAACCAGGAAUGUCCCUUCUAAACAGUGUUUCUCCUAUGUGAAACAAAGCUAGGUAGAGAUUGGAAAAGGAUUUCAAUAAUUUAAAAAGAUAAAAACAAUAACUGACACACAUUAACUGCUUUGGAGCAAAAAAUCUCGCCAUUGAGACACUAGAGCUCGGAAAUCUUUAUACAUCAUGCAUCGAAUAUCUGUUUGACCCAUGAAUGUGAUUAAUAUAUCAUAUUAGUUGUUGAUGUUUGAAAAAAAAAGUAUAUACCACCUUGAUAAGCUUUGAGUGAGGCUGUAAUUGUGGGAGUUGUUCCUAACUAUAUUGUGUCUCGUGUUUCUCUACUUUUUUUUUUUUUUUUUGCUACACAGCUGGAUAGCUAGACGUGCGCAAGUGGAAACUGUCUUAAAGUUUUAACGUAAAUUCUGAACGAUUCCCUGCUGGUGUGAGUUUGGUCAUAGGUUGUAUUUUACAAUUGUUUGUGAUUUCACAUGGUGCGUGAAAGAUUUCACACUAAUUUUUCUUUUCUUUUUUUUUUGACGUAAGCAUAAAAAACUUAAGUUUUGCGUCAACAUGUUACGAUAUGUUCAUUGUUGGCGUUCAGUGUAACAUAUUGACGCCUUUGGUUUAUCAUGAAUUUUCUUCGUUGGAAAUAUCAAUGUUGCUCUGUCAAUGUUUAAUGACAAUGCUAUCCUUUGUCUAUAUGCUCACCAAAGAUGCAGUGAAGAUCUUAAGAUGUAUUUCCAAAGAAGUUCUUUAGUACCGAGUAGUAAACAGUGAGAUAUCCAGUAAGCCUUUGUUUGAGGUAAAGAUGUCUGUAUUGUUAUUACAGGGUUGAUAGUCUGUAACCAUAAAUUGUCCGGAGAAACGUCUGUGUGAAGCAUAAAGAUCUUUUGUAUUGUUUACUAAUUGAUAAUUACCUGUUCCCUCUCCCCAGAUCUACUGUAGUGGUCCAUCUUGACUCUCAAAACAGUUCAAUAUUAAAUUAAAUUUUCAUCAAAAGCACUUUCUACCUUGAAUUGUGUUUCCUUUGAAAUAUUGGUUAAUAUUUUAAUCUGCAAAUAAAUCCCCACCACUGAAAAAGCAUACUUCUUCAAGUUGGUAUAAUUAUCAAUUUUAAAAUGGUUUGGUUAAAAUGAUUCACAAGUAAGCCCCUCCCCAAACUUCCAUGCUUAACACACGAGGACACUCACAUGAGAAUAAGUUCAACAAAAGGUUGCUACUACUCCAAACCUUCAACUUUAAUAAUUCUUCUUUUUAAAUGAUUUUGUGCCAUAAUCUGAAAAAAACUCCUCCAUAAAGAUAACAAUAAUUGUUUUGAUAUUAAUUAGAGAUCAUUUCAUUUAUGGUAUUUUGAAGCAAAAUGAUUUUCUAGACUACACUAGUGAUCCAAAUUUAAUUUAAUAGAUAAUACUUGAUUAUGUCAGAUCUCAGACCAGGUCGUAGCUGCUAGGCGCUUAUCUCCAAAAUUAGCUUGAGCAGAAAAAGGUGUUGUCUUACAAAAACUAUGACGAAUUUGUACAAAAAAGGAAUAUGUUUUUUUUUGGUUUUUUUUUUUUUUGUGAAAAGAAAAUUAUGUUGAUUUAUACCACAAUGUCAUUAGAACGACACUUUGAAGGAAAUCAUGUAGAUGUUGUAUUGGAUUCAAAUGUGUAUUUUCUAUUUAAUCACUAAUUUUAUUUUCAAUAUUCUUGGUGUAUAUUCUGUUUUUUAGAAAAUUGAUUUUUUGGGGCCCUAGCCUUUUCUUUAUCAAUAUGUCCUAGGCAAUAUCACCAUUGUUUAAAACUCUACCUAAACAACACUGUGUUUUGUUUGUUAUACAGCUUGUGAAAAGUAUGAGUGUUGUCACGCCAACCAUCCUUUAUGUAUAUACAAUCAUCACGUCUGGAGUGACUAUAAAACUCGCUUCAUCAAAAAAAAAAAUUACAAAAGACAAUAAUAAAAAAAAAUAUUAAUCACUUUCCUUAAAAGGAGUUUGUAUGCGAUUUUUGCAUCGAUUGGGUCUGAUCAGAAACUUUUUCUGUCACGUUUGUCGAACGCGCGAAUGAGGUGGUUGUGUACAUGUAAAAGGGUGUGAAACACACGAAAUGCAUGUGUAAUGCACGUGUACGAUUACAGGGUAAUGAAAAGUGUGCGAGAUGUAUACUAUUAUUAUAUUAUUAUUAUUAUUAUUAGUGUCGACUUAAGCCUGUUUAUUUUAAGUCGUGUGAUGAGACAGAUUUUGGUUUCAGUGCUAAACAGACUUAUCUCCCCUGAGUUAGGCAAGCUCCCGUAUUGCAUAUCUAACGGUGAAUAUACCACAGUAAGUUUGUAUGGUCAUGCAUCAAAUUUCAUUUGUAUUUUGUAAUCAUCAUACUUAUUUCAUUUUUCCAUUUUUUUCAAGUUAGAGUUAUCUCCCAUUAAUUAUCGUUGCCUGUUUUGAAUUAAAAGUCGUUCUCCCCGAGCUGUCUAAUGGUAAACCCCUAAUACUCUUGUCUACGAUGUAUGUUCCCUCUAUAUACAAACUACAUCUAUAUAGUACAUAUAUAUAUCUACAUCUUUCACCCUCUCUAUUCCAUAAGGCUGAGGCUAAAUAAUCAAUGAUGUUCAAUUUUGUAGCAAAAUAAGGUUGUCUAAAGUUGAUGCAAAAACGAAGGCUAUAAUCUAGUCUUGGAUGUGUUUUUAAUUGAUGUAUCUUAAUCAAUGUCCAAUUCACUCAAAAUGCUGCAGAUUGACAGCCAGGGUGACUAAAUAUCUACUUUAUUGGUGCUUUCCCAUGGAAUACAUAUAAAAUAUAUAUCUAAUAAUAGUUUAACCUGUUCCACUUAGUUCAUCUCGGCACAACCUACUUCUCCGAUCGUUAACAUCUCUACAUCUCAGCACAACCUACUUCUCCGAUCGUUAACAUCUAUAUAUCUCAGCACAACCUACUUCUCCGAGCGUUACAUCUCAGCACAACCUACUUCUCCGAUCGUUAACAUCUGUACUUACAUUAAAUACAGUGAAUACCAUAUGUAGUAUCCUCACACCUACGGAAAAUCUGACACUAUUAGCACAGGGACUUGGCACAAUUUCACAACCCACUGUAUAUGAUGAUCUACAGUCGGGAAUUGUGCCAAGUGCCUGCGGUUUAUAGUUUAAACUUGUAUCAUCAUUAAAACUUGUAAUUAUAAGAAAAAACCUUAAUCUAGAUUUUCUUCGUCGCUUGAGAACUGAAGUUUCACAGAUAAACUAUGUGAAUGUAUUAGGACGAUACUGAUAAUUUCUCAUUGACGAUGAGAGCAAGGGACGUAACUCUUUAAUCCUUGAAGACCUUUAAAAGGUCCAAAUAAACCAUGAUAACUAACUAUAUAUCUGGUACAAAGCUGUAUUUCAUCAAUGGGCAGGAUCAAAACGUUAGUUCUCAAGUGAAGACAGCCAACACAGGAUUAAAAUGUCAGUUCUAAAGUGAAGACAGACAACACAGGAUUAAAAUGUCAGUUCUAAAGUGAAGACAGCCAACACAGGAUUAAAAUGUCAGUUCUAAAGUGAAGACAGACAACACAGGAGUUUUAUCUAUUGAUACUGUCUAAAAGGUUAAAUGCUCCUAGGUUGGCCUGAAAAUGUUGCAGCUUUUUGCAUGCAUUUCAUUUUUGCACCUACCAGUAAUAACCUUUUCGGCAUGUUCUUAAAAUUCAGAAAUCUUUUGAAUAUCUAUAGCAGAUUUUUUUUUAUUCCUUUAUUUUUUUUUAGAAAAUCUUUGAAAGCAAAUCCCUUAACAUUUUCUAAUUACAUAUGCUUUUCAUUGCAAUUAAUGUUCGAGGGGAAAUAGAUAGUAGAUAGGUGGCAUUUACAGUUUUACUUGAGACUAAAUAUAGAACAUCGUCCACAACUUUAUAACAAUGAAUUGGUAAUCAUCUACAGGGACGUAUCAAUUAGUAUACCUUAUCAGUGUACCUGUCCCCACUCACACAUCACCUUCCCACUCACACAUCACCUUCCCACUCACACAUCACCUUCCCACUCACACAUCACCUCCCAACUACCCCUACUCUACCCCUCCCCCCCCCCCCCCCCCCCCCCCCCACCUUUCUCCGUAAAAGAGGAUGGGUGUGCUAAUUGAAACAAAGUGUACCCUGCUGAUCUUUAACCAAAGACUCUGAAUUGUUUCCACAACAUCAAGGUAUGUAAAUGAGGAGAAAAAAGUUUUUUUCCACCCAAAGUUCUAAAUUUUUCUCUGUACAUGGUAUUAUAAAGUGCACCUCUGCUGUGUUUUUGUAAGUUCACAGUGUGCUUAAUACAGUAUACUGCAUGUCCCUACAUCCCUUAAUGAUCAAGGUUCUAUCUAACCUUGAUGAAGACAUCCCUUAAUGAUCAAGGUUCUAUCUAACCUUGAUGAAGACAUCCCUUAAUGAUCAAGAUCAUGUCUAACCUUGAUCAAGACAUCCCUUAAUAAUCAAGAUCCUAUCUAACCUUGAUCAAGACAUCCCUCAAUGAUCAAAAUCAUAACUGACCUUGAUCAGGACAUCCCUUAAUGAUCAAGAUCCUAUCUAACCUUGAUCAAGACAUCCCUUAAUGAUCAAGAUCCUAUCUAACCUUGAUCAAGACAUCCCUUAAUAAUCAAGACAUCCCUUAAUGAACAAGAUCCUAUCUUACCUUGAUCAAGAUAUACCUUAAUGAUCAAGAUCUUAUCUAACCCUAAUUGAGUUUCAGCAGAAUCCUGAUUAGGAUGCCACAUACUAAUUAGUCCUGACCAUGAUAUCAGAUAACCCAAACAAGCUUUUACCUAACCCUGAACAAGAAUCACCUACAGUAACCAAGUUCAUGAGAUUACCUAACACUGAUCAAGAUCCUACCAUAAACUGACAAAGUCAUCAUAUAACCUGGAUCAAGAGCUUAACUAACCCAGACAAAAGAUACUACUUAACUUCUAUUAAGAUAUCACUUAAGCCUGUUUACGAUCUUCGAAGCCAGUCUUUACGACCCUGAUAAAGAUCUUUCCUAAACUUGAUGUAUUGCCAAGGUGAUCCAUUUGUUCCCUAAACCUGCCCUGAUAUUUCCUUCGAAUCCUUUAACUCUGGAACAGACUAAAAUCGACUCACUGCCGAACAUAUUUAUAAGGGAAACACUGUAAGUAUGUGUUGUGCUGGACAGGUGUAUGCUAAGUGGAUUUCAGGUACAACUAAAUAAGGUAGCGUCAUUGCCUUUUUCAUUAUCUUUUUUAAAUAAAAGUUGCAAUUUUAGCAACUCUAAAAUACCAUUUUUCCAUUUAAGCUAAGCGUCUUGAUCAAUUCGUGUGUAGUGUAUCGUAUCUACAUUAUAUUCCGAUGGUGGCUAGAUUUCAAUUGUCUUGUGUCGUAUGUAGUGUAACAGUGCUUUUGUUAUAAGACAAUAAAAUGUUUGAAAUAGUAA